AUGAGUGACAGCGAUGACGAUGUCUCCUCUGGAUCUAUCACGGAUUGCGAUGAUAUUGAUGAAGGUGAGAUGGAAGAGGAAGAAGUAUUGGAUAACGAAAAUCUGACAAGUGACGGCGAACAAGACACUGAUGAACAUGUUGAUAAACGAACCGAAAAAUAUUUUCAAAAGGAAUACUGGCAGAUAAAAAAACUUCCUUAUUAUAAAGAAAUCGAGGAACAAGCUAACAUCCAUUUUAUUAGAAUUAAGAAAGGUCUCGCAGAUGUUGUUCUUUUAAACGACGCAGCGACAGGAUUCUCUCAUUUUGUUCUCGAACUUGAAAGAUAUAUCGAUUAUUAUGGUAGACGGUUUUCAAAAGAAGAACAUAUUCAAUUAGUUCAACUUCUUAUUCCAAUGAUCACUAAAGGAAACAUUUUCCGUAAUGUUAAAAUUGCAAUUAGAGCUGUAACAACUCUGCUGAACAAAAGAGGAUUUAUUCUUCGGGAAGAUUUGGUUAUCGAUUGGAGACCACUUUAUGAAUUGUACGUCGAAGUCACGUUCAAAAACCUCGAAGAAGAUGGAGUAAUGCUUCUUCCCGAGAACUUCCGCCAAGAUUUACAUCUUAUGCUCUAUUAUGCUCGAUUAUACUUUAAAGAGGAAUCAGUUCAGGAGCUACUUGAUGAGUGUCGACCCUAUAUGUGCGUCUGGGACGAAUCAUGUAUUCGAGCAUGGAAGUUGAUGGAGGUGUUCACUUGUAUGAAUAUGCCAAUUGAAAAACAGAGGGUCUAUGGAACCGCGUUAUGGUUUGAAGAAGCAUGGCAUUGGUUUGAGUCAAUUGAUAACAAUUCAUUGAUUGACAACACCCUGAUGAAAAUGUUCAUGAGAAUUUCUGCAGAAUGCCCAGGAUGCAUAGACUGGAGUGGCAAAAUGGAUUUGCUUUUCACCAGAGUUCUUCGCUCAUUACGUUUGGCUCUUGUUAAUGGACUCACACAACACGUGAAUCUCGAUUACGUAUGCGGAUGGAUUGUAUACAUGCUUGGAACGGCUUGUCAUGAUGAAAUUAUGAGUCAUUUGAAGCAUCUUUUCGAUCAAGUCGAAGGUUUUCUACAUCCUUCCAACUACGGAACACAUACUCAAUGUAUUAUUGGUUUUGUUGGGAAGGUUACCACAAUAUUGAUGGCACGAGUGAAGCGAGAAAGAAACGAGGCUGCUGCACCCAACAAGCCAAGAACCAAUCCGAUUAUUCCAGAGCACAUGAGAUUAUCGCAGGAUCAAAUUGAUAGCUACAUUAAGCUUAUUCUCCCAUUAUUAAAAAUGAUCGCAUUCACAAAAACCAGCAAAGAACUUGUUGGACCUACUUUCCGAGCUGCCGGCUUAAUUGCACCGAAACUUAUUUUACCAUUGGUUCUUGACAUGGUGUACCCGGCACUUGAAACUUUGAUUGAACCACAUCGUCUGCAGCAGACGCUUUCUACUCUUCUUCAUGUUUUAACGCCGCUUACUUCUGAUCAACCCGGACCUGAUGGAAAAACCUAUAGAAUUCAUGUAUUUACAAUUCUCAAUUCAUUGUUGCCGGGAUUGGACUGCAAUGAUAUAAGCAAGUGCAUGCAGACGUAUCAGAUUAUUGGAGUUCUAAUUAAUAAAGUGCCACUGGUUGAUUGUUCGGAUGCGAUUCACACGCGUUGUGAUUUGACAGAAGAUGAAAAGGAGAUUUGUUCGGCAACGUCAAACUUUGAUUCGAUUAUUUCGAUGAUCAUGGAUCGAAUGUGUGAAAUGCUCAUUGAAUGUGGCCAGACAGCAAGUAUGGUUAGCUCGCAUGGCGCGAUUUCGGCGAAAAAUAUGCAGAAUCUCGAAGAUCAGAUUUUACACAGAGGAACUCUAUCGGUGUUCAAAGGAAUCUGUAGAAACAGCAGCACGGAAUUGUUCAAAGUUGCCAUGAACAAAGUGUACAAUUUUGCUUGCGAGCAUGUUUUCGACAGUAAAAUUGUCAACGAAGUGCUCGCUGACAUGAUUCAGGUCUCCUGCAAAUUUCAUCCGGAGAUCGCGUUCUCGAAAUUUUUCAAGCUCAUCCUUUCACGUGUGCAAAAUUCGAUUACACCUGAGUUCUUCACCGAUGAAAAAGUCGAUUUUAGCGUUUUGUGGUGGCUGACGUUGGCUUCGAAAGUUGUUAAAGUUCAUCCGGAUUAUUUGAUAAAUAAUUGGGCAGAAAUUAGAACACUUCUUGACUUGGUGAUGCCAUAUAAAAAAUGUAGCAUUGCUACCGAGAAAUGUAACGCCAUAUACGAAUUUUUGCUGGAACAGUUGACAUCAAUUCAACUUAUUUCAAUGGCACGCCGCGGUGACCUAUUCGAUUUGCCUUCUGAUCAAUUUUUGCCUGUUCGGCAUUGGUCCGCUCCCGUUGAUAAAAAAACGUGGAAUCCAGUUUGGUUUGUUCCAACGCAGGAAUCAAUCGAUAAAGCAACCGAACUCAUUCGCGACUUUUUUGUUCCAAAUGUCGCUAUUUUGAACAGCCCUCAAGGAGUUCACAAGAAGGAAAUUUUGCACAGAUUGUGGCUGAUUCGUGCGACAAUUCUUGGAGCUUGUUUCUCACUGCCGCCGUUUGAAGGAGAAAAUCUGCCGCUUACCGAAUCGCAUACCAUUAAUCAAGAUGAGGAAAUUGAUAUGGUUGUUAAGCCGAAAGGCACACCGGAAAUCAGAAUUGACGGCAAAAAUGUGAGACAAAUGGUCCUCGAUUGCCUUUUGAAUCUUCUCGAUUAUCUACUCGAAAACUCACCAGACGAUGUUAAAUCGAUUCAAGACGCCGUCUCUAUUUUCAAAUCGUUGACGGCAAGCCGCGGUUACAGCAGGGAAUUGUAUACUGCUUCAAAUGCGAACUAUUCUGUCACCAAAAUGAUGCUUUGCGAUAAACUUGCUGGAAACAAAACGAAUAUUGAAAUGAUUGUCGAGGAGCACAUUUUGCUGCUGCACAGGAAGCGAGUUUCAUCGGUUCAAGGGUGGCAUUUCAAAAAGCAGCACACGGAUAUAUUAAAAAUGCUUUUACGGGUCGCAACAAGUUCUUAUAGUCAGAAUCGCGCCAAAGCCCAAAAUAUUCUUCUCGGAAAACUCAGAGAACAUCCGUAUUCUUACAAGUACAUUGUUGACGAUAUCUUAUAUUAUUUGAAUCCGGACAAUCAAGUAACUCAUGAGCAGCUGAAAGGUGCUCUGCAUUUAUUGAUUGAUGGAAAGAAACAAGCUGUGUGCUUGAGAAUGGAGUUUGAGCAACAGAGUCGCAUUUGGCCGGCGCUUGUUGGUGUGCGACACAGCGAGAAACCAUCGAUUAUCUUUCUUCUCGAGUCUGCUCAAAAUUUAAUUGUGGACAAUUAUGAAAGCUAUCGUAUGAAAUACGAUUGGCCGGAGGCGUGCGUUGUUGCUGCCAAGAAUUUGUUGACAGCAGCGGAAGAAUCGAGCCCUCUAUCCGAUCCGCAAAUCCUGAAACAGCCGUCGGAUGAGCUUUUGGAGAAAUAUAAGAAUCAUAGCCUUGAGCGAUUUGAGAAAUGCAAAGUGAAAUAUCAUCGUCUUAUUGACAAACUAUAUGAUCUUGCGAUUGAUCCGAAUUUGCAUUGGAGACCUAUUGAUAUGGCCCAUUCGAUGCUAUCAAUGCUCGUUAGAAGAGACGAACUUUUGCCCAAUAAAGUGAUCAAGAUGUACGUGAGAUUGUUGGUGCACGAUUCGGUGAAGACUCGUCGCAUAGCAACAGCUGUCGUGGCGGCUUGCUUAAAAAUCAUGAAGCCGAAAGCAGUGAAACGUGAAUAUGUCAUUCCACAUAAGGAGCCCAAUACCGGCCCUGGUGCCAAAUUUCCAAUUAAAAGCGGAUUUCGUGAGGACAAUCGUAUCAUGAUGUAUGAGGAGGACAAAUUGCCGAAGACGGAUGAUGAAUGGAACGAUUUCCAGUUCUGUGGAAAACAGCAUUGGGGAGUUUAUACAUGGCCGGAGAAAUUGAUUACGUAUGCGCCACUUCGAGAGCAGACUGCCAUUGAUCGAUCGUACGAAGAUUUCAAUGAAACUGAAAAGUUUAUUGUUGAUUGUUUCAAAGAUCCCCAAUUUAUGGAGCGUUUCCGCAAAUUUUUCUCUCUUGAAAUGAAGAAAGAUGAAGAUACUUUCAAUGCGGUCAACUUUUCACUCUUCCAGGGUCUUUUCCGGGUUUUGAACGACUCGCUUUGUGGAGUCUUUCAUGAGCAGCUUAUCAGCCUCUUCUCUAGCACGAAAGAAUCCGAUCAACGUUUGGCGUCUGAAAUUACGGCCGGCAUAAUCAAUGGCUCGAAAUUGUGGAAAUAUGAAAAACAGAAGAGAAUGUGGCUGUGGCUUUCCCCAAUAUUGUCGAAAAAUUUUGAGACAAUUCCGGAGGAUAGUCUUCGUAGUUGGGGAGUUGCUAUUGCGACAAUUUGUGGAUGCUCGGAAGCAAGAAUGCUGAAGCCGAUGAUUGAUUUGCUUUUCAAGUUAAUUGAAAGACCAACGGAUAAUGCAUUUGCAGCCAGCUCGAGAAUGUUCCUUGUUCAAUCGGCGUUGUGUCAAUUUGAAUGGCGUGGUGUUGAGUUGUGGAAUAAACUGUUCGGUCUGCUUCAAACGUCGCUUGUUCAUCAAUAUGCGAACCUCCGCGAGCGUAUCUCUGUGUCUCUUGUGUCUGCCACGUGGUUUGAUAUGCCUUCUGUAUAUGUGUCUCCUAAUCUUCCACCGCGAUUGCAACCUCCAAAAGUUUCUGUAGUUGCUGGAUGGUACAAUGAAAUGUUGGGUCCAUGUUGGGAUGAAGUGAGACAUAAAUGGGAGGAAUGCGCUAGUGGACCAUCAAUUGGAAGCUCAUCAAGCGAUGUAAGCAAAAAUCUCGUAAAUCUGAGUCAGUCUACGUCAGCUUCAACGUCUGUUGAAAUAUCGGAAGUGAAGAAGGCGGCUCGUCUAGCAAUGAAGUCAACGACAUCUUUUGUCUAUAAUGUCUGCAAUCAAGCCUAUGUCGCUUUGCCACAAUCUGUCGUGCCACUUCUACCACUUUUUUUCCAUUACGCGAAUGAUGUGGGAGAUGAGGAGCUCUCGAAAUCAUGUCAUAGCUUUAAUGUUGCCCAUUUGGCUGCGAUUUAUGUUGGUCCACAAACUGCUCGAUUGGUUUUGGAUACAUUGGCUCAGAGUAUUACUUCUCCGUGCUGGUGGAAAGCCAAGGUCAUGGCGCUGCAAACGUUGAGAAUGAUUGUCUUCACCAAUUCGUUUAUUUUCAAGCACUAUCGUGAUGAAAUUGGAGCAUUAUUCUUGAAAUCAAUGAACGACUGUCAAAUUGAAGUGAGAGAGAAGGCUGCUGAAGCGCUCAGCACAAUGAUUCAGAUUAGAUUUUUCGAGACGACCCCGCAGUUGGUGGAAAAAUUCUCCACUGCGAGCCAUUCUACGGAUUCGAUUAUUGCUCAUGCUGGAGUUCUCGGAUUGUCGGCAAUUGUUCGAGCAUUCCCGUAUACUGUUCCUCCAUUUUUGCCUGAUGCUUUGAUGAGAAUUUGCCGUUUUGCUAAUAGCAAGAAUGGAACCAUCAGAGAGACUGUGAAACGUGCAUUAUCGGAGUUUAAGAGGACCCAUCAAGAUUCGUGGCGAGAGCAUGAAACGCAAUUUAACGAGGAUCAGCUUAUGGUUUUGCGAGAUUUGCUGAUCUCACCGAACUACUACGUCUAG